AUGGCUGACGCGCCAAAUGCGAACGACGAGCUCUACCCCAUUGCCGUCCUCAUAGACGAGCUCAAGCACGACGAUGUCCUUCUCCGCCUGAAUGCCAUCCACCGCCUUGGCACGAUUGCCCUCGCCCUCGGUCCUGAGCGGACCCGCGAGGAGCUCAUUCCUUUUCUCGACGAGUCCGUCGAGGACGAGGACGAGGUCCUUGUGGCAUUGAGCGAGGAGCUUGGCUCCUUCAUCGAAUACGUCGGUGGCCCAGAAUGGGGACACGUUCUCCUUUCUCCCCUCGAGAACCUCGCCGCUAUCGAGGAGCCUGUUGUGCGAGACAAGGCCGUCGAAUCGCUCAACAAGAUCUGCGAUGCGCUCUCCGCGCAACAGGUCGAGGAAUACUUCAUUCCUCUGACCGUCAGACUCUCCAAGGCCGACUGGUUCACCUCCAAGGUAUCAGGCUGUGGCCUCUAUACUGCUCCUUACAAGAAAGUCAGCCCCCCGUUCCAGGAACAGCUCCGUCAGCAGUUCGGAAUCCUGGUCCACGAUGACACCCCCAUGGUGCGGAGACAGGCCGCCACGCACAUGGCCAAGUUCGUCAAGGAGAUGCCCGCCGCCGUUGUCAUUGAUGAGAUGAUACCCCUUUUCCAGCACCUUGUCCAAGACGACCAAGACAGCGUGCGGUUAUUGACAGUCGAAAUUCUUAUUGCCAUUGCCGAAGUCGUCCCCAAGGAGCAACAAGCCAGCCAUGGUGUCCUUCUCACAUCUCUGCGCAACCUGAUAGAAGACAAGAGCUGGAGGGUUCGCUACAUGAUUGCAGACCGGUUUGAGAAGAUUGCCAAAGCUGUGGAUGAGGAGGUUGUCUCCAGGGAUCUGGUUCCUUCUUUCGUCAAGCUGCUCAAGGAUAACGAGGCUGAGGUUCGCACCGCAAUCUCUGGCCAGAUUCCGGGAUUCUGCAACCUCGUCGACCGGACCACACUUCUCAACGAUAUCAUGAGCACCAUCGAAGACCUUGUAUCCGACACUUCCCAGCACGUCCGCGCCGCACUUGGCACCCAGAUCAGCGGACUGGCCCCGAUUCUUGGCAAGCAAGAGACCAUUGACCACCUUUUGCCAAUGUUCCUGCAAAUGCUCAAGGACGAGUUUCCGGAGGUCCGCCUUCACAUCAUUUCAAAACUGGAGCUUGUUAACCAAGUGAUCGGUAUCGAGCUCUUGUCACAGUCUCUGCUUCCUGCCAUCGUUCAACUCGCAGAGGACAAGCAGUGGCGCGUCAGACUGGCCAUCAUCGAGUAUAUUCCGUUGUUGGCGAGCCAGCUCGGUGUGAAGUUCUUUGACGAGAAGCUGAGCGGUCUUUGCAUGGGUUGGCUCGGCGACACGGUUUUCUCCAUCAGAGAGGCCGCCACACACAAUCUCAAGAAGCUCACCGAGGUCUUUGGCGUCGAGUGGGCUAGCGAGGCGAUACUGCCGAAGGUCAUGGCCAUGGGUGCCCAUCCAAACUACCUCUACAGGAUGACCACUUGCUUCGCCAUCUCUACACUCUCCUCGGUUGUCAGCCUCGACGUUAUUGGACAGGAUAUCCUCCCGAUGCUGGAGAAGCUGGUUGACGACGACAUCCCAAACAUCCGCUUCAACGUCGCCAAGACGAUUGCCCAGCUGAUUGAUGUGCUAAAGCGGCUGCCAGACGAGGGCACAAUCUACUCUCUCGAGAAGGCUGGACAGACAGAUCUGACACCUUCGCCGAAGUCGACACAGCUGAUUCAGGAGCGCAUAUUGCCGUCCCUGGAGAAGCUGCAGAAAGACGAGGACGUUGACGUUCGGUACUUCGCCACAACUGCUGCGGCCAGGAUCUCUGGCGCCGACCCGGAGCCGAUGAACACUUCUCCUUAG